CCAUUCUACUUCCAGGCAAAGUCUCCAUCCAACACCAUGAUGAUGAAAGGAGACUUUGAGGUGCAUCGUGCCCUUGACUUGGUCCAGCCCGGCGAGAACUGGGACUGCACCCCAGCCGAGUUCUCUGUAUCCCAUCACACCUCCAAUCCCUCGUCCGCGAUGGCCAGGCCGGUGCUCGAUGGCCACCGCACCAACACCGACCUCUCGGAGUUCAUGGAACAAGUUGCGAGUCACUUCUCCGAAGCCUCCCCUGGCACCGAUGGCUUCCCAAUGGAUACUGCUCUACCCACAGAAAAGUUCACAACAUCACCAGACGAGUAUCGGCCCCGAAAGUCCCCAAGAAGAGUCUACGAGAGCAGCGUACGCGGCGGCGAGAGUAGAAGCAGCAAAAGCUUGGCCGAAAGAGAUGAGCACGGUUUGAACAUGAUAACACUUCUGUUAGAGUGUGCAGUGGCUGUAUCCGUGGAAAACUUGGCCCAAGCCAACAGGAUGCUGCUUGAGCUGACCCAAAUGGCUUCCCCCUACUCCCCGUCCUGUGCUGAGAGAGUCGUGGCCUACUUCACCAAGGCCAUGGCCUCUAGGGUCAUGAACUCAUGGCUCGGGUUUUGCUCCCCUUUAGUCCCCCACAAGAGCAUCCUUUCAGCCUUCCAGGCCUUCAACAACAUCUCCCCUUUCAUUAAAUUUUCACACUUCACAGCCAACCAGGCAAUUCUCGAGGCCUUACACCAGAAAGAGAGGGUCCACAUCAUUGAUCUUGACAUCAUGCAAGGCCUCCAAUGGCCUGCCCUCUUCCACAUCCUUGCAUCGAGGGCCAACGGCCCCCCGCAUGUGAGGAUGACCGGGCUCGGCGCAUCCAUGGCCGUGCUCGAGGAGACCGGCAGGCAGCUCUCCAACUUCGCCAGGAGGCUUGGGAUGUCAUUCGAAUUCCACCCCAUCGCAAAGCGGGCAGGAGAUGUGGACCCAUCCAUGGUCCCGAGCCAGAGAGGGGAGGCCGUGGCCGUCCACUGGCUACAGCAUGCAUUGUACGACGCCACCGGGCCUGAUAACAACACCAUGAGGCUGCUGGAGCUGUUGGCCCCUAGGGUGAUCACCUUGGUGGAGCAAGAGAUGGCACACGCCGGCUCGUUCCUGGAUCGGUUUGUGGAGUCGCUCCACUACUACUCCACCAUCUUCGAUUCCUUGGGCAUGUCGUUGCCCUUCGAUGACGCGAGCCGGCACCGGGUGGAGCACGGGCUCCUGUCGAGGGAGAUCAACAAUAUACUGGCCAUCGGAGGCCCAGCUCGAAAUGGCGAGGAGAAGUUUGUGAGUUGGCGAAUGGAGCUGGCUCGCCGAGGAUUCAUGCAGGUGCCCAUGAGUGGGAACUCCAUGGCGCAGGCUCAGCUCAUCCUCAACAUGUUCCCACCUUCAUUAGGGUACACCAUCUUCCAAGGAGAUGGUACUCUCAGGCUUGGAUGGAAGGACACCAGAUUGUACACGGCAUCAGCAUGGACAUCUCGUCCAACUCAAUAA